AUGGCCAAAAUCAGUGAUGAACACCUUCAUCUCAUUCAAGUCCCCAUGGCUCUUUGGCCCGAAUAUGAAGCCAUACGAGCCUCACUGCUACAUCGAAAUCCGCUUCCAUCAUUGGACACUGCUAUUCAAGAAAUCAUUUUUGAAGAAACACGUUUGAACCUAGACAAAACUCCUCAAAUGGAUGCUUCUCUUGCAACUACUCGAUUCUCACAUCGGAAAUCGAAUCAUCAUCCAUGUAAGAAUUGCAAUCGCACCGGUCAUUUAUUUGCUAGAUGUCCUACUAUAGAGUGUAGGUACUGCCAUGGUAUCGGUCACAUUCUUGAACAUUGUCCUACGCGACCUCCAAAACAAAAUCGUGGCUUCACCAAAUCCAAGAAUGUUCCAAAGUCUAGAUCUUCAUCCAUCUCUGUUACUGCCACUGAAGGUUCGACGACCAUUACUAUGAGUGAUAUUGAAGCUUUAAUCAAACAGGUUAUGUCUUCCAACACCUCUACUGCCAUGUCUGCUACUCUGCAUGUACAGGAUCCACAGACGAAGCAUAUCAUUGGGACGGGUCGCAGGGUGGGUCGAUUAUUUGAGCUACAAUCUCUUCACCUUCCUAAAGAUCAUAUCUCUGCUGCUACUAUGAAUUCUCCAAUUCAUCAAUGGCAUCUUCGACUUGGUCACGCCUCAGCAAGCAAAAUUCAACCUCUAAUAUCUCGUGGGUUAUUAGGAUCCACAAAGUUUGAGCCUUUUGAUUGUUUACAUUGUAAACUUGCAAAACAACCAGCAUUAUCAUUUAAUCAUAGUGUUUCUAUUUCAGAUAGUCCUUUUGAUUUAAUUCAUUCAGAUAUUUGGGGGCCUUCUCCUAUUCUUCGCACAAACAAUGCAAUGGAAUACCGUGAAUUUUCCUUGCUUCAGUUUCUCAGUCAGCAAGGCAUCGUGGUUCAAUGUUCAUGCCCCCACACCUCCCAACAAAAUGGUCGUGCUGAACGAAAACACCGUCACAUCCUUGACUCUGUUCGUGCUCUUCUCCUCUCAGCCUCGUGUUCAGAGAACCUCAUGAGCACACAAAAUUACAACCAUGUGCUCGCUUGUGUUGCUUUCUUGGCUAUGGCACAUAACACAAAGGAUAUCGUUGUUGGGAUCCAAUCUUUAACAGAUUACGCAUCUCACACCAUGUUUCCUUUUGGGAAAACACAACAUAACUCUAAUGACCUUAAUACUCAUCUUCCGUCACCUGCUCCUAAUGAACUUGUUCCAGAUGUUGAGCUCAAUACUCGUCCGCCUUCACCUGCUCCUACUGAACCUGUUCCGGAUGUUGAUAUUGUACCUGCAUCUCGCCAUUCCACCCGAGUAAGUAAUCCACCUACUCGUCUUAAUGAUUACCAUUUUUACUCUGCUAUUAAAACUCUUCAUGAUCCUUCUUCUUAUCGAGAGGCAAGUACUAACCCCAUUUGGCAGCAAGCUAUGGCUGAAGAAAUUCAAGCUUUAGAAAAGACAAAUACUUGGGAAUUAGUUGAUCUUCCUGCAGAUAAGAUUCCUAUUGGAAGCAAAUGGAUCUACAAAAUUAAAACUCGCUCUGAUGGAACUGUAAAACGUUAUAAAGCUCGCCUAGUAGCCAAAGGUUACACUCAAGAGUAUGGUAUAGACUAUGAAGAGACAUAUGCUCCGGUAGCUCGAAUAACAUCUAUUCGUAGCCUCUUGGCCAUUGCUGCACUUCGUAAAUGGAAGCUUUUUCAGAUGGAUGUCAAAAAUGCCUUCCUUCACGGUGAUUUGACAUAG